AGACACGGAAAAACUUAAAUCCCAACGUUGUUUACUUUUCCACUCGUCGCUUCUUCUCCGUUCUCUCACUCUCUUAUCAAUGUAGUCCCACUUAAAUUUGAAUUAGUUGCAAAUAAAAAGAUAAUAAAUAAUAUUGACUAGUCUCAGUUAGGUCUUGAGAAAAUGGAUAACGCUUUAAAAGAUAGCAAUCUUGCCAGAGGAGAACUGAAGUGCAGUUUAUGUGAUAGGAAGUACAAAUCGGUAAGAUCAUUAAAGGCUCAUAUGACAAGUAGACAUGAGAAUCUUGGAAAGUUUGUGUGCAACAUGUGUAAUAAUACUUUUGACUCCAAAUAUGCAUUAAAGAUGCAUAUGCAAAAAAACAAUUGUGUCAAUAGUCAGAAAGAAAACUCAAAAGGUAAUCAAAAAUUAAAAUGUAAGUUCUGCGCUAUGACUUUUGACAAACAGAAUCCUCUAACUCUCCAUUUGAAACGUCAACAUUACGACGUCGUGUAUAAGAUCAACUGUCCCAAAUGUGACAAAAAAUUUGCCAAUCAUGCUGGUUUAAGUGCACACCACAGAAUCUAUCACAGUUCGAAGGAAAAAGUACGUUGCCCAAAUUGUCCAUUUACUUGUAUCAAAAAUGGUAACCUACAACAACAUAUUGCUAGCAUGCAUUCAGAUAAACCAACCAAGAAAGCGGAACAGAAGGAGCUACUUUCACCUGCAGAGAUAAGUCUCGAAAACUACCGUAAAUAUAAAGCAAAUCCCGGUGAUAAAGUUGUGCCAUGUGUCAUAAUAAAAAGUGAAUACUAUUUGAAGUUGAUUAGACAACAGUUUCAAAAUCUUGAACUUGUUCGACUUGAGACGCCAGUUGUUUUUGAUGAAGUGAGUGGACAACGUCAUAAGCCGGGGUGGGGCUAUAAGUCUGAGGAUAACAACACAGAUAUUUCCUACGUCCAACUUACAGAAGAAGAACUGUUGACUUGUAAGAAAAUGUUUGGAUACAUAUGGCGUGAUGGAGUGACUUUCGAGAUCGUGGAUUUGUAUUUUGGUCUGAAUCAGGAGAAUUUCAAAGUAGCAGCAGAAAAUAAAUGGCAACUUUAUGUAUUCAAUAAGGAUAAGGGCUGUACAGAUAGGAUUCUGUUCAACAGCGGGUGUUUCUUCGAUUCAGAGGAGGCGUUUGAGGUCACAGGCAUGGUGGCAACAUCAAAGUGGGUCGCAGGGCAGCUCAAAUGGUUUACACGUAAGGAAACUGGGUCUAUCUGUUCCGUCAAACCUGAGGAAUGCUACGGGUGGCUCGCUAAUUAUCAUGAACAACUCCGAGCCGCCUUACGGUCAGUUAAUCACCUUUGGCUUGGACCAGCCGUAACUGUCCAGUUAGACAACAAGGAGGAGCUAAUUAUGGCAAGACGAGAGUUGGAAAAAUGUAGGGACGAGAUGUAUAAGAUGGAAAUUGGGUAUAACGAUAAGCUUUCAAUCCUAACGGCGGAGAAUUGCAAAUUGCGACUGCGUUUACAAUCCUGGAAGAAGAAGCAACAAAAGGCCAAAAACGUGAACCGUUUACUUCUGGUGCAGAGAGGACGAAAAAGUUCAAAUGCAGACGUUCCGUGCUUUUUGCCUGUGACUUUUAAGGUGGAUGAAGACGGAAACUUGAAGCAAGAAGGUGAACCCAACUUCGACAUAUGCAGGGAGGAAUCGGCGCAUGAUGAAGAUGAAGAGUCAAGCAGUGAUGACGACGACGGCGUCGAGUAUGCAAGAGUCCCUACAGUUUCAGAUCUCAUCAACGUUGUCACGAAAGUGCUUGACCGUUCAGAAUCCUCUACCGAAACUAGUCCUAAUGGUGCAAAUCCAAAUCAUGAGACUGACCCGUGUGAUGAAAAGACUGAACCUAACCGAAAAGUGUUCGUAGUAAAACUGUGAUUAAUUAUUUGUCAUUCUUAUAUAUUGUUUGAUGAACCUUUUUUGGUGCUAUUAUUAUCUAACUAUUAUAAAUUUAUGAACGUGUUGUCAUAAUAAAACAAGCAUUGAUAUUAAUUAUCGAUAA